AUGGAGAAGGUCGUCACGAUGGACGUCGUGACGCCCAAAUGCUUGCGAAAUGGACACUUGGUGGCUCAGCAGAGCGUUGGCAAAAGGCAGCAUGCAGGACUUGCCGGACAUGCAGGUGCAAAACCAGGGUGGCCAUCACCCUCCAAGUGUUACCGGUGCCGACGCCGGCGCGGGCUUGCGCACCUGCCGGAACGAAUCGUGGAGCUGCUGCAAGGCCUUGGCCGUCAAGCGCGCAGCGAUGUUCUGUCCAAGCGCUUGGCAGAGUGGCAGCGGAAAGAGCUGGAGCAGCUUCUGCUGCGGCAGCGAGAUGUGUCCCAGCCGAAGAGCCGGCCGCCCGGGCCAGUGGCGGCUGUGCCUUGA